AUGCAGGUUCUCGAGAAGCCGACGUCGGCGUCGGAGUUGAGGGCGCUGGCGUGGACGGCGUUCCUGGUCCCGGUGUGCACGGUGUACGCCCGUUCCGCCUGCCGCCGCCUCCGUCCGGGCCGCCACCGUCUCGCCGCCCUCUUCCCGACGUUCCUCGUCUUCAUCUACCUGCCGUGCCUGUUCAACUCCCUCCACCUCCGCCUCUUGUCCACCUUCUUCCACACCUGGCUCGCCACCAACAAGCUCGUCCUCCUCGCGCUCGAUCUCGGCCCGCUCCACCCCUCCCUCCCGCUCCUCCCGUUCCUCCUCUGCGCCGGCCUCCCUAUCAAGCUCCGCGCCGACAGCCACCACACCACCACCAAACAGCAGUCUUCCUCGCCCGUCGCAGACUUCCUCGUCCCCUGCACCCGCAGCUUCCUCUUCCUCACCUGCCUCGCCGUGCUCCAUCCGCACACCGGCUCCCUUCCGCUCUACGUCGUCCACUACCUCUACUGCGCGCAGAUCUUCCUCACGCUGGACCUCGUCUUCUCCUCGGUGGCCCUCGUCGCCGCGGCCGUGCUGGGCACGGGCAUGGAGAGGCAGUUCAGGGCGCCUCUCGUGGUCGCGUCCGUCAACGACUUCUGGGGCAGGCAGUGGAACCUGAUGGCGGUGGACCUCCUUCGCGCGUCGGCGUAUGCUCCGGUGCGCGCCAGGUGGGGCCGGGACGCCGGCGUUCUCGCCGCCUUCCUCAUGUCGGGCGUCCUCCACGAGCUCCUCUACUGGUACAUGACGCUGGAGCACCCCACGGGCGAGAUGCUGCUCUUCUUCACGCUCCAUGCCGCGGUCCACGUCGCCGAGCGCUGGGCCAAGCUGGCCGGGCUGUGGCGGCCGCCCAAGGCAGCGGCGUACGUUGUCGGCACCGGGUUUAUGGUUGUCACCAUAUCUGAGCUCUUCUUCGGGCCCUUCAUCAGGGCCGGCAUAGACGUGCGUAUGAUGGAGGAGUCCACCGCGGCGGUGGAGCUGCUUAGGGCCGUCGCGAAGCGUCUCAUCAUUCGUCCGUUUGGGCAUGUCUCGGGUUAG